AUUUAAUUCUACCAACUUAGUGUAGGUAUAUGUUUUCCGGUGACUGCGGGGAAUCUGCCGCGGCGGAGGUGGGGGCGGUUGUUGAAGAUGUGAGUAGGAGCUGAUCUUGCAGGUAUAAUGCUGUUGUUUUGUUGGGAUCAUGAGAAAACUAGGUACAGUUUCCCAUACUAUUGCGUUUCUUUACGCCUUCUACUUGCUUAAUAUUGUCUCAAUCUUUGUCUCUCCCAUUACCCAAAAGGAGAUUUUGCUUCAAUUCAAGGGUGACAUUUGGGAUGACCCUUAUGAUUGUUUGAAGAAUUGGGAUUCUAGUAAAAACCCUUGCCAAGAUUAUGGUGGGGUAUCUUGUGAUUCGGAUGGAAAUGUUGUGAAAAUUCUCUUGUGGAAUUGUAGUCUUGGUGGGGUCUUAUCCCCUGCAUUAUCUGGCUUGAAAUCUUUGAGGAGUAUAUCAUUGUUUGGGAAUAAGUUAACUGGUAAUAUUCCUGUUGAGUAUGGUGAGAUUGGUUCAUUGUGGAAGAUCAACUUAAGCUCGAACGCGCUUUCUGGAUCAAUCCCGGAGUUUCUUGGAGAUUUGCCAAACAUAAGGUUUCUUGACUUGUCAAGAAAUGAGUAUAGUGGAGAGAUUCCUUCAGCAUUGUUCGAUAACUGUUACAAGACUAGGUUUGUGUCGUUGGCGCAUAACAACCUCUCGGGCUCAAUCCCCGUGUCUGUUAAGAACUGUUCGAAUCUAGAAGGGAUUGAUUUGUCUUUCAAUGGUCUUAGUGGGAGAUUGCCUUCUGAAUUGUGUGAGAUUCCAGCAAUUUCAUAUCUGUCUGUGAGGAGUAAUAAGCUUUCGGGUAGUGUUAAAGAGCAGGUCUCAAAAUGUAGGAGUUUGAACCUAUUAGAUCUCGGUAGCAAUGUGUUCACCGGGCCUGCCCCGUUGGAGGUUAUAAGAUUGGUGAACGUUACAUACUUCAAUAUUUCUUGGAAUGGCUUUCAAGGGGCCUUUUCGGAUGUAGGAACUUGCUCUAGGAGUUUGGAGGUUUUCGAUGUUUCAGGAAACGAUCUGUAUGGUGAGAUUCCUGCAUCUAUCGCCAAAUGCAGUGGCCUUAAGUACUUGGAUUUGAGCUUCAAUAGGUUGAAUGGAAGCAUACCAGUUGGUAUUGCAGAUUUGAAGAAGCUCUUGGUGAUGAGAUUAGGUAAUAACUCGUUAGAUGGGACGAUUCCUGCAGAGUUUGGGAGUAUAGAAUGGUUGGAAGUUCUUGAUUUACAGAACCUCAAACUUGUAGGUGAGAUCCCUAAUGAGAUCACCCAAUGCCGGUUUCUCCUUGAGCUGAACAUCUCUGGUAAUUCUUUGGAGGGAGAGAUUCCUCAUAACCUCGACAACAUGACCUACCUCGAAGUUCUUGACCUACACGAGAACCAAAUCUCCGGUAGCAUACCACUCUCUGUAGGGAAUUUGUCCAACUUAGUGUGGUUAGAUUUGUCAGAGAAUUUUCUCUCUGGUUCAAUUCCUUCCACUUUAGGAAACUUGAGAAACUUGCUUUACUUCAGUGUCUCUUCCAACCACCUUUCUGGUGCAAUCCCUUCGGUUGGAAGCAUCCAGCAGUUCGGACCAUCCCCAUUUCUUGACAAUCCAGACCUUUGUGGUGCUCCAUUGGAGACAUUUUGCUCUAAUGCUGGUCUUACUAACCCUGCAAGAAAACCAAAGCUGAGCGCCUCUGCCAUCGUUGCCAUAGUUGCUGCCACUGUAAUUGUCACUGGUGUCUGUGUCAUAACCAUCAUCAACACGAGGGCUCGCAGCAGGCAAAGAGGAGACGAAGACAUGGUUUUGGAGAGCGCUACCACUACAUUAGCUUCAUCCGAAUCUAGUGUGAUGCUCGGGAAACUGGUCCUCUUCAGCACAAGUUUACCCUCAAAGUACGAGGAUUGGGAGGCGGGCACGAAGGCAUUGCUAGACAAGGAAUGCUUGAUUGGUGGAGGCUCCAUCGGAACAGUGUACAAAACUACAUUACAAGGAGGGGUAAUGAUAGCUGUGAAGAGGCUGAAAGCGAUUGGAAGAAUCAAGAGCCAAGAAGAAUUUGAGCAUGAAAUCGGACGCCUAGGAAGCCUACACCACCCUAAUCUUGUCACAAUUCAAGGUUACUACUGGUCAUCCAACAUGCAAUUGCUUCUAUCCGAAUUUGUUUCCAAGGGAAAUCUAUACAAUAAUCUGCAUGGUCUGAACGAUGAUCGAAGUAAUCCAGAGUUGAAUUGGUUGAGGAGGUUUGAUAUAGCAGUCGGGACAGCUAGAGCCUUGGCCUAUCUUCAUCAUGACUGCAGACCUCCGGUUCUCCAUCUCAACAUCAAAUCCUCGAACGUGCUUCUUGAUGAGAACUACACAGCCAAGCUGUCUGAUUAUGGCCUAGGCAAGCUGCUUCCAUCGCUAGGGAGCAAUGGUUUGACGAAGGUUCACCAUGGAGUAGGAUACAUUGCACCAGAGCUGGCUCAGAGCUCGCGGCUCAGUGAUAAAUGUGAUGUGUACAGCUACGGAGUUGUUCUGUUGGAGAUUGUCACCGGGAGGAAGCCGGUGGGGACGGGAGCAGCAAAUGAAGUGGUGGUGUUACGUGAGUAUGUUCGAGGUCUGGUAGAGAAAGGUGUUGCUUCAAAAUGUUUUGACAGAAGUCUGAGUGGAUUUGCAGAGAAUGAGGGGAUCCAGGUGAUGAAGUUGGGGCUGAUUUGUACAUCGGAUAUGCCGUCGCGGAGGCCGAUCAUGUCUGAGGUUGUUCAAGUUCUUGAAUCUAUAAGGAACGGCUCUAGUUCAUGAUCAGAAGUUGGCAAAGUGAUUCUUUCAAAUUCAUUUAGGGUUGAGGAGAUCAAUUCAUUGUGUGUUGUGUAAUAAUGUAAUUUCAUUUGUUUGGAGCUUGUGAUAUUUUAUUAAAUAAAGUCGAUCGAUGUUCACACUA